AUGAACCAACAAUUCAUAGGCUCCAGAGCUAUUGGAAGAGAUGGAUUGGUGUUUAAUUUUAUGAAAUCUGAAAUUCUUGAUCAGGUAUUACCUUCUAGGAUUCAUUCAAUUGAUUUUAUAUCAAAUUAUUUCACUAGAGAAGACUCUUUAUGUGAAUUACCUCCAAUUAUUGUAAAUCAUAUUGGUUAUGUGAGGAAAAUUAAUUUUUCUAGACAAACAAGUUUUAAAGAUUUUAAUCAAUUGGAUUUAUUUACAAAUUUGGAAGAAUUUAAAAUAUCUGAUACUCGUUUACCUGCUGAAAAUGUUAUUAGAAUUCUUUCAUCUAACAAGCAUUUGAAAUCUAUUGAAUAUAGUAAUCCGCUCUGUGAUAGCUCCACUCUUGACGUUCAAUUAUUCUUGGCAAGUAUUAUUUCACUUCCUAAUUUGAGACACGUCAAUUUGUCAGGAGUUAAAUUCAUCAAUGAUGAAAUUGUAGCCAAGUUAUUGAUUAAUUUACCAUACUUGUCUGAUUUGGUAGUAAGAUAUUGUACAAAUGUUAGUGAUAUUGCAUUUGCUGGUAUUGAACAACACAAACAUAUCAAAAUUGUGGAUAUCACUGGUUGUAAAAUUACAAAUCCUGGAAUAAUUCUCAAAAAUCAAAAUAUUAGAAAGCUGAGUUAUGAAGAUUCUGAUUUUGAGAACGUAUAUCUUGACCUAGGAACAAUUGUAUCAAAGGUUAUUGAGCUUUCAUUUAGUCUCUCAACAAAUAUUUCCACAAAUGUAUUGAGAAGUAUUGCUGAUUCCUGUCCAGAUGUGGAAAUUUUAAGAUUAGAAACAAGUACUUACAAAUCUGAUGGCUUGAAGCAAUUCUUAAAUUCAUCCAUCAACAAGUUGACAAGCCUCAAAGAACUCUAUUUGAAUGGAACAAAAUUAGAUGAUGGAAAUAUUAAGGAGAUUCUCUUAGAAAAACUUCAAAUUCUCAGUUUAGAAUUCAAUAAUAUUACAGAUUCUUCCAUUGAUAAGAUUAAACAAUUCACUCAACUCACAGACAUCAGAUUAGGAAGAACCAAUAUAACACAUAAGGGUAUUGCUGAUCUAUUAGCUCAUUAUCAUUCUAUUGGAAAGGUCAUUGAAAACCUAGCAUUGAAUUCACUUAAAAUUACAGGUGAACAAAUUCUUUCCAUUCCUCAUUGGAGUCAAGUUCAGAGAUUGAAUCUUUCCAAGAAUAAGGUGAAUAAUGAUGCCUUCCUCUUUCUUAUCAAAUUAUUGAAUAUUAUCGAAUUGAAUUGUUCUGAUAAUAUGAUUACCAAUGAAGCUGUUCAUCCACAUAUCUAUUCUAAUAGAACUUUGAGAAAACUAAACCUUUCUUCCAAUAGAAACAUUUCUGCACGUACCAAAUCAUCCAUUGUUAUGAAAUGUCCAAAUAUAAGUGAGCUAACCUUAUAA